AACCAAAGAUAUUGGUAAUCGAAGAAAAGUUGCAGAAAUGGCGCUAAAAUAAUAAGGGCACGGACACAGACAAACACAAGCCACAACCCCUCCCCAUCCUCUGUCCUGCAGUCCCCAGUGCGCUCGUACCGUCUCUCUCCCUCCUCGCUCGUCUCAGGUCUCAACUCACUGGGGCUCUGGGCUGGAUCAAAGGCACUGGAUUAGGAGGGGGGACGGUCCAGCAGUGGGGGCAAAUCAAUCACAUCCAGCAACAGAGAGCAAAGCCAAAUCAAUCCGCCGGUUAGCCGCGGUCUAACACCCAAGGCUAGAUCCUGAGGUGCGCCAACGAACGUGCGUGCGCGACCAGCUGCCAGAAAACAGAAGAGGGAGAGGGUGGUGGUGGAAGAAGAGCAUGGGGGAGAAGGCGUCUGAUGCGGCGGCGGCGGCGGUGGGGGAUCAGGACGACGGCCAGGCGGCGGCGGGGGUGCUGGCGCUGGACGGCAUCCAGUACUGCAGCGAGCACCCGUACCGGCCAGGGGCCGCGGCGGCGGCCGUCGCCGGCGGCGGGAUAUGCGCCUUCUGCCUGCAGGAGAAGCUGGGGAGGCUCGUGUCCUCCUCCAAGUCCAGCCCUUUCUUCCCGCCCGGCGGUCACCCGCCGCCUUCCGCUUCGCCCUCGUCGCCGCCGUCCUUCCGCCGCGCCGCGGCGGAGCCCCCGCUGCCGCCCCACCACUCCUCCGCCGGCUCGCGCAAGUUCAUCCCUUUCCAGAGGAAGAAGAACUCGUCCUCUGCCUCGGCUUCGACUCUGUCCGCUUCCAUGGCCGGAGGUGGGCUGAAGCGGAGCAAGUCGGUGGCGCCGAGGCCCGAGGAGCAGCACUACUCGUCGUUCUCGACGGCCGAGAGCCCCCGCAAGAAGAGCUUCUGGUCCUUCCUCUACCUCUCCUCCUCUUCGUCCGCGUACGCGCACCAGCAGACAGCCUCGUCUUCCUCCUCCUCGGUGUCGUCGUACACCACCACCAACGGUGCCGGCGCCAGGAGGAAGUCGGUGUCGGUGGCCUCGGCGGCGUGGGCGUCCAGAGCCGGCGCCGGCGCGCAGCAGGACCAGCAGCUGCGCUCCUCGGCGGCGCGCAGGAUGGAGGCCAUCGGCGAGCCGGAGAGCCUGAGCCAGGUGUCCUCGUCGUCGUCGUCCUUCGGGCGGAAGGUCGCGCGGUCACGUUCCGUGGGCUGCGGCAGCCGCAGCUUCUCCGGGGACUUCCUCGACCGCAUCUCCUUCGGCGACUGCACGCUCCGCCGCGUCGAGUCGCAGCGCGAGCGCGAGCCCAAGGCCAGCAAGAUGCGCGCUGCGCUAGGCCGCCACCUCGGCGCUGACGAGGAAGACGAUGACGACGACGUGUACGAGCACCGGGACCGGAUCAAGUGCGCCGGGUUCUUCGGCGGCAUGGGCCCAACGUCGUCCUCCUACUGGCUCUCCGCCGCCGAGGGCACGAGAAAGCGGGGUGGCUCUCGGAGCCACCGGAGCUGGGCGUGGGCGUUGGCCAGCCCCAUGAGAGCGCUGAGGCCGACGAGCUCCACCUCGACCAAGAUCAUCACGGCCGAGCCUUCCGGUCACGUGGUGGUCAGCAGCAGCGGCGACACGCCGGCGGCUGCAUUGUCCAUAUCUUCCCCGAUGCCAUCCUCGUCAGAUGUAGCAGCGGCGACGGCGAUGGAUUAAAGCUGCACGGCCGUCCGGUCAAUUACGUCCUCUCUGUUGUUGAAUCGUACGUAUACAAUUUUUACUGCCUUCUUUUCCCCCCUCCCUCUUGCGUUCUCGUGUCUGUAAUUUCACCAUCAAACUGCUGAUAAAGUUGAAACGUGAUGUGGAUUCGCUACUCG